CCUGUGCCUUGUCAAGCAUACUACUGCAUCCGCUGGCUAUCUGGACGCUUGUACUCUUGGAUUAGCCCUUCCCCGUGCUGGCUGGACCCGGAAUCGGCCUCUGAAUUGCGACUCCGAAAGCUUGGCGUAGAUCUAAGAUUUCGCCGCUGCGAAUCAACCCUUAAGACUUGUAGAGCCUUUUAUCGGCAGCAUCAGGUCCAGAGAUGCUACGUGGAGCCGCUUCUGCUCUCGGCGAAAGGCGAUGCACCUUUAGGCAACCGUCAGCGCCGAGAGGGCGCCUGGUUGUCGUUGCUGCACACCGAGUGAGGUCCAAGAAGCAGGUGGCGUGCAGCAGGACGCUUGUGGCGAAACCAGGACACGAGACCGAGGUUGCACGCCUGAGCGGCGAGAUACUGAAGUGGUCCCACGGCAACUCUCCAGUUGGAAAGCAGAUCCUCGAGUACACCUGCGUCCGUGAUGGCUGGGAGGCCGACACGUUCCACUUCUGGGAGCGGUAUGAAACCCCAACCGCCUUCGGAGAGCACACAACCGCCCCGCGCAUGGUGGAGCUUCUGACUGAGCUCCAGCCGCACUUGAAGGGCCCCAUCGGCAUCUCGCUGUACAGCUACGAGAACGGAAUGCUGGGGCCCGCCAGCAUGCAAGAAGGGCCCAAGGGUGAGGGUGGCCUCGAUGACGCGACCGGCGCCAGCGGGGCGGCGGGCGGCGCUUCAUACAAGCAGACCUCGCGCGCGUUCGACUUGACCAAGGUCGACGAGCACGAGGAAACGCAGCGCGAGCAGCAGCUGCUCAACAACAUGGCGGGCGGCGCACCACAGGUUCCGCAGCAGCAGCAGCAGCUGGGCGGGGCCGUAAAGGCGGCGGUGGCGGCGGAGAAGGAUAAGGAUGCGCAGGGGCCGCGCGGGCUGCCCGCGCUGACGCCGAGCAACCUGCUGGCCAUGGCCGCGGGCGCCAAGGACGCGGUGAUGGGCUCGCUGUGCCGCAUGUUCCGCUUCAAGCACUAAGGCCGGCGCGGCCUGGGGGCGGCAGGGGCAGGAGGGCACGAUGCACGGGGCGAUGGGUGCGAUGGGGACAAGGGAGGCACCAACUUGGAUGCUUGGGGGGUCGGUGACAAUGAGCAAAAGGCUAGAGGCGGUCCGCGUGAUAGGGCGCUGCAUGUGCUUGUCGGGCUGUCCCUUCACUUGUAAUCCGCAUCCAUGUGCAAAUAGCAUGUUACGGUAGCAAUGGUGGGCUGGUGGCAUAUGGGUAUUUGGUGAGCUUCGUGCACGUGUGUCACGCCCUGACGUGUGACCGUGCAUGCCGUGUCACCGCAUGGUGUUUUCACGCAUUACUUAGCAUGAUUACGUACGCCAGCACACGGUAUCGCGUGACACGUGGACAAGGUGGUCAGCAUUGAGGGCCAUCAAUGCUGUGGAUAGGGCUGUUGUCGGAAUUCGAAGCGGUGCAGUGACAAGCACCCGCCGUUACUUCUCCCCAUCCGAUUACCGUACAGCCAUGCUUGCCCUAAUGCACACCAAACGGCCAGGUGCAGAGAUAGCUUGACUGCGUCGGGCCCGCCUGUACUGGCCGUGCACGCUGCCAACCGGACGAGCAGGUGUGGCGCCCAUUCGCAAGUCGUGGU